UAAAUAUUUUGGUUGUAGUCCAUGUUCAUGUUCAAUUUUAUGAACAGAGCUUUGUUACAACUGCAGUUGUUGAAGUUCCUGUAUAAAUAUUGAGAAAGUAGGUGCAGUAGUUAAGGCACGUUAUAUCGUUCAGAAGGUUUACAAGCAGGGGGCAGCAUCACAGAGGAUGUAAAAAAAAAAAAAUUCAAGACACGAUGACGCCUUGAUUUUUCCUCGAAAGUCGCUCGGUGAUGGAAACAUUUGUUUUCAGUAAUGUGCUUUAACAUUUUUAACCUAAUUUACCAAAUAGUUCCGAAAAUAAUAUCAGAAAACGGCCAAUACUUCUUCAUCCAUGAUGACUAUUUUUAUUGCUCCACAAAAACAUAUUUUCAUAGAAAUACAAAUAGUUACGCUUAACUGUAAAGGCAAUAAAGAUAAACGGACACUCAUCCAAAUAAAUACCGUGCUGAUAUUAUCAUAGACAAGAUGAGAUGAUCAAAGAAUUGGGAAAGUUAAACUUCCGAGUGAGACACGAACGCAACACAGGCACCCUAAUGGAGCGUGAAUGAGAAGCCGAGCUUGUUUAUUUAGCUGAUCCAGCUACCAUGCUUAUAGUCGUGCGGACGCUAUGUUUGCCAAAUUGAUACCAAUUAAGACCUUAGACAAACUGGUGCAACGUAAAACUAAAUGCCCUGUGUUCGUAAUUUUGAACGAUAUUCCUAAAUGAGCUCAACUGGCUGCAAAGAAGAAGAGGCCUUUGAAUCCGCGGUGUUUGGGUGAGCCACAACCCUGGGAUUAGGGUGAUAUCAACGUGCAGACGCGUUGGAUCAUUGUGUAGCCUGAGAGACCAGCUUGUCCGUUACACCUACGGUCGCGGGCUAACCAUGUCACACACGGGACCCCCUCCCCGAUGGCGGAAUUGUCCCAAGAGAGGACAACCAGUGGCGGGUAAAUUCCUGCCUAUGAAAACUAUGCUGGGUCCCAGAUAUGAUGACCAAGUUGCGGAGGAGAACCGAUUUUACCCAAACAUGCUGUCUAACUACUUGAAGAGUUUAAAUGUGAAAAUGGGUUUACUUGUGGAUUUGACAAACACGACUCGCUUUUACGACCGCAAUGACAUAGAAAAGGAAGGGAUCAAAUAUGUUAAGCUACAGUGUAAAGGUCAUGGAGAAUGUCCUUCUAAGGAGACGACUGCUAUGUUCAUCCGAUUCUGUGAACACUUCAUGGAGAAAAAUUCUGCAGACCUAAUAGGUGUUCACUGCACGCAUGGGUUCAAUCGGACAGGCUUUUUGAUAUGUGCUUACCUGGUGGAGAAGAUGGACUGGAGCGUGGAAGCAGCCGUAGCAGCUUUUGCCCAAGCCCGGGCCCCUGGGAUCUACAAGGGCGACUACCUCAAAGAGCUUUUCCGUCGCUAUGGGGAUGAGGAGGAUGCGCCUGCUGCCCCCACGCUGCCAGAGUGGUGCUUUGAGGAUGACGGUGGAGAAGUGGACGAUGAUGGCAACGCAGUUAACCAGGAGUCCGGGCCCAGCUCGUCCGGGUCAACGCUUGGCAAGCGAAAGAAAGAGAAGCUCAAAUUGGGGGCAGUCUUCCUCGAAGGUGUCACGGUGAAAGGUGUCACACAGGUCACCACGCAGCCCAAACUUGGCGAGGUCCAAAGAAUGUGUCAGGAGAUGGCCGAGUGGAACAAGUCUGGUUUUCCUGGUGCUCAGCCUGUAUCAAUGGAUCGACAAAACCUUUGUUUCCUGGAGCAGCACCCCUACAAAGUCAGCUGGAAAGCUGAUGGGACACGGUACAUGAUGGUGAUCAAUGGGAAACAUGAAGUAUUCAUGAUUGACAGAGACAACACGGUCUUCCACAUAGCCAAUUUAGAGUUUCCUUUCCGGAAAGAUCCACGCGUCCAUCUAGCAAAUACUCUUUUGGACGGGGAGAUGAUCAUUGACAAGGUGAAUGGCCAGCCUGUCCCCCGCUACCUGAUAUAUGACAUCAUCAAGUUCAAUGGACAACCCGUGGGCCAGUGUGAUUUCAAUAUCCGAUUGUUAUGCAUCGAAAAAGAGAUCAUUUCUCCGCGGAUGGAAAAGAUGAAGACCGGACAGAUUGACAAAACCAGGGAGCCCUUCAGUGUCCGAAAUAAGCCGUUCUUCGAUAUUCAGGCAUCACGCAAGCUCUUGGAAGGCAGUUUUACGUCCCAGGUCAGCCACGAAGUUGAUGGCCUCAUCUUCCAGCCAUGUGGGAGAUACAAGCCCGGAAGGUGCGAUGACAUCCUGAAGUGGAAGCCCCCAAACCUCAAUUCGGUGGACUUUCGCCUCAAGAUUACAAAAGUCGGAGGCGAAGGGCUGCUGCCUCAGACGGUCGGCUUGCUUUACGUCGGCAACUACGAGAGGCCCUUUGCAAAGAUGAAGGCCACGAAAGAGCUGAAACUUUACGACAACAAGAUCAUCGAGUGCACCUUCGACAACAACAGCUGGGUGUUCAUGAGGCAGAGGAUAGACAAGAGCUUCCCAAACUCCUACGACACAGCCAUGGCGGUAUGUAAAAGCAUCCAGGAACCCGUCACCAAGAAAAUCCUGUUGGAGUAUGUGGACCGUUGUCCUCAAGCAGUCCAAGCCCAGACCCGCAAACACCAAACAGACCCGGACUCUGAGCUAAUGCCCCCUCCCCCUCCGAAGAGACCGAACCGAUCCAUCCAAUAGACUCGAGUCGAGCACCCUGGGCCACUCCGGACUUUUCUACAGCCGCUGUCCAUUCUUAGCACCAGCCAUCUCUGCCUGAUGGAAAGUGAUAUUUUGAGGCGUCCAUAUCCACCCAGCAACCUGUCCACAUUUAAUUUACCUAGUUAUAUUGUUUGUAGCUUUAAUUGCUGGUGUCUUAUUCAAAUAAACAGAAAAAAAAGAGUCUGAGCUAUUUGAGUCGGUGGUCGCGUAUUUGUAUUUACAGAUGUAAACAUCACCAUCAUCAGCAACUCUUCAUAACCGGUUGAAUUUUAAAAUCAAU